AUGGGUGAUAUAGAGCAGAUGAAGCAGGAAGCUGAGCAGCUGAAGAAGCAGAUUGAGGAAGCUCGAAAAGCUUGUGCUGAUACUACACUUGCUCAGCUUGUUGCUGACAUGGAAGUGGUUGGGCGUAUACAGCUGCGGACACGGAGAACUCUGCGUGGACAUCUGGCCAAGAUCUAUGCUUGUCACUGGUCUACAGAUUCCAAACUUCUGGUCAGUGCUUCACAAGAUGGAAAACUCAUUGUAUGGGAUACUUAUACAACCAACAAGGUUCAUGCUAUCCCUCUCAAGUCUUCUUGGGUCAUGACUUGUGCCUAUGCUCCAUCAGGGAAUUAUGUGGCCUGUGGAGGUCUUGAUAAUAUGUGCUCCAUCUAUAACCUCAAGAGUCGUGAAGGAAGCGUUAAAGUGAACAGGGAGCUCGCAGCUCAUUCAGGUUACCUCUCCUGCUGCCGAUUCCUGGAUGACAAUAAUAUUGUAACUAGCUCUGGGGACACCACUUGCAUGCUGUGGGAUGUUGAGACAGGGCAGGAGAAGACCACAUUCAUAGGACACACUGGGGACUGCAUGAGCCUAGCAGUCUCUCCGGACUUCAAGCUUUUCAUUUCAGGAGCCUGUGAUGCCAGUGCCAAGCUGUGGGACAUCCGAGAAGCCGCUUGCCGCCAGACAUUUACAGGCCAUGAAUCAGAUAUCAAUGCCAUUUCAUUCUUCCCCAGUGGGGACGCCAUUUGCACUGGUUCAGAUGAUGCCUCCUGUCGCCUCUUUGACCUUCGGGCAGACCAAGAGCUCAUCAACUUUGCUCACGAGACCAUUAUGUGUGGAAUUACCUCAAUCGCUUUCUCCCGUAGUGGGCGCCUCCUCCUGGCCGGAUAUGAUGAUUUUAAUUGCAAUAUCUGGGAUAGUCUGAAAGCAGAGCGUGUGGGCCUUCUGUCUGGACAUGAUAAUAGGGUGAGCUGUUUGGGAGUAACUGCAGAUGGCAUGGCUGCCGCAACUGGCUCUUGGGACAGUUUCCUGAAAAUUUGGAACUGAAGAUACUGUGUGAAAAGAAGAGUGAAUUUGGAGAGGCUUUUUCAGAUGUACCUUUGAGUACCACAGCUGACAUUUUUA